GUUUUGUUGUGUUUGUUUUUGGCAUAACAAUUAUGUGUAACAUCUGUGGCAUGCGCCGUAAAAUAUAGUUGUAGGGCUGUAAGAUAGUUGAAGCCGCUUCGCGGAUAUGGAAAAAGGCGAAGAAAACUCUACCAUUUAAAGUUACAAAAGAAUACAAACGCACUGUGUGAUUAUGAUGAUAAAUAAAAAAGAAGUUCACAAUUGAAGCUACGAAUGAUUUCCACUUACAUCUAUUAACUGAUUUCGCGCAUUCUCACCUGACGGGAGUAGACUUUCGGGAAGCUUUUUAAUGUCACAGUUUGUUUAAUCACAAAACUGUGGCUAAAUAAAACCUCACAUAUAUAGGCGUAUGUACUUCGUAGACUGUUAAUCGUUUAGUCAACAUACUGUACCCCAAACAGGAGAGAAAGAGCAGACGCACGUAACUGAAUAGUUAGUAAUCUGCAAGUUUGUUAUUCUAGACGUAAUAUUUCUUUUAAGGUUAUAAGAUUCGCAGAAAUACAAACUUUAUAACAUUUUAAAAGUCACAAGUAACCAUUACUGCAAAAAAUAUACUGUUACUAACAUCAUUUAAGCCAAGUACGUACCAAUAAACCAUCACAACUGUAUUUCAUUCUCAUUAGGAAUUGAUGAAUUGCUUUGAAAGGUUAGAGUGAGGUAGCGAUAUGCGCACUAGUAGAGUUUUUUUUAAUAUAAUUCCGGUAUCGUAAAAAAAAAGGCUGUAAAUAUGGCGAGUGUCGUCAAGAGACGGUGUUACGCUAAAGCUUGAAAGUGAAAGUACUGUGAUCUUUUGUUUUGCUAUUUGUUUGGUGAGAAAUAUCAUUUUUUACCGCAAGGAUUUCUGACCCAUAUUCUGCUACGCAUUAACAAAAACCUUCGCGUAAUGAAGACCUGAGUCGUAAAGCGUUAUGGAAGGCGAAGACCUGCGUACAUGGAAGAAUAAACUCUCAGAACAUCAUUUGGGGCCGGUGGCCGACGGCCUGUGUAUUAAGAACGAACCCCUUGCAAGAAUGCAGUGCCAGCUUGCAUCUGUAGGGCAAGAUCCAGGUGCUCAGAUUCAUGGACAUCCAUCAUGGGAUCCAUCAGAAAUCAAACGGGAGCCAGGUAUGGGCAUCGACUGUCAGGGACAUCAAGGACAUGGGCCCGGUCCUGGAAUGGAAAAUUUCUCACCACCAAGAGAUUUUAACCCAGGAAAAGUAACAGGCUGUUUAUUAAUGUGCGGUCAGACACCUACCCUGGUAUUCGUGGAGGGUUCCUGGCCCGGUGGGCCGAACGGGGGAGGUGGCGACGGGAGCGGCAUUCCCGGAGGCCCACCUCAGCUGCAGGGACAUCCCGGAAUGCACCUCCAACCACACCCGGGUCCUGGCCCUGUACCCGGAGGCCCACCGUACCCGCCGGGCCUACCGUGGCAGUACCAGUGCCCGCGCUGCGACCGCCGCUUCGCGACCCUCCAGGAGCUGCGCUCGCACGAGCCCGGCAGUGGCGUGCUCUGCCGCACGCCUACUAUGGGCCCGCCGCCCGUGCCUCCCGGUCCCGGCAGUACGAGGGGCGGCCUCGCACCCCGCGGGCGGGGUGGAAGAGGUGGCGGGCGUACCCCGAGGAAGAAGAAGGCACCUGGCAACAGUGGUGGCCCGGGUCGAGCUGGAGGAGACGGUGCGGAGACCAAGGAGGAGCCGACCGGUAGAUUUGUGUGUUCUGUCUGCGAGAAGGUUUUCUCCGAAGAGCAGUAUUACGACGUUCACAUGCGCAUGAAUACCUUCAAGCCAUUUCCGUGCACAAUAUGCAAGUCACACUUUGGAUCGGAGUCAUCACUCAGCAAUCAUACAAAGCACUUCCACAAGGAGAAACACAAGUGCCCAUUCUGCACUCGUCAGUAUACAUGGAAGAUAAGGCUCCACAACCACAUGAAGGAGCACAUGGAAGAGCAGAUUCUGGUCGGUGUGUUUGGAACGUGAAUAAGUGCCAGUCAGCAAAUGUAAUGGUUCACUUCUAAUGUGGAACACGUUGCCUGUGCACAGGAACAGUUCACGUCUUGUAGCUGUAUAUCUUCUGGCUGUAGGCAAGAAUGAGUUCUUUUUUUAAAAUGCGGCCUAGCUGUACCUGGCUUUUUGGGGGCAGUAAAAGGAGGCUUGUUUAAGUAGCAACGGCAAUUAGCAUCCAUUAUAAGUGUACUGACUGAGAACACUGGAGCAGGUUAGCUGUCAUUAUUGUGAUACAUAUAAUUCUUCAUAUUUCUGUUCUCGAUUUGAUGCCAAGUAUCGGGAAGUUACUAGUUAAAUGAAAUUACUGUAUAAUGUGCAUACGUGCAAUGCUUUUCUUGAAAUACGUCAAUGAUCUGCUAAAAUUGUUCAAAAUGGUUCAAAUGGCUCUAAGCCCUAUGGGACUUAACGUCUGAGGUCAUCAGUCCCCUAGACUUAGUACCACUUAAACCUAACUAACCUAAGGACAUCACACACAUCCAUGCCCAAGGCAGGAUUCGAACCUGAGAUUGUAGCAGCAGCGUGGUUCCGGACUAAAGCGCCUAGAACCACUCGGAGACAGCGGCUGGCCACAGUUGUUCUCUUCACAGUGACAUAAGGGCUAUUGUGAAAGACUCGGAAUGGAAUGCAAAUGAGCUGACUAAUAGGAUAAUUGGUAACAUCAGCAUGUGGUUUUCAGAGAACAGAUUAGCACUUAAAUGUGGCAAAAUGCAGUUCAUAUAUUGGGUUGGUGCAUAAUUUUGUGGUAUUUUUCCAUAAUUUUAAUAAACAAACAAAUACAUGUAACAGGAAUUUAGUCAUCAGUAAUAUAUUCUUCUUCACUAUUUACAACAAUCUGCCAAAGAUGGGGAAACUUUUCGAUUCCAAAAUUGUAGAAAUCAUGUUAUUUUGAGGCGAAGAAUUUGCCGAGCCAUGUUCGGAGAGCAUUUUCGUCUGCUAAGGAAAUUCCUUGAAGGUUGUUUGAUAGAAAAUGGAGAAGGUGAUAGUCUGAAGAUGCGAGGUCAGAUGAAUAAGAUGUGUGUGGAAUGAUUCCCAACCUAACUGCUUUAUUACUUCCUUGGAUUGUGUUUGCAAGGUAUCUCAGGUCUUUACAGUAAAUGUCAGCAAUGAUGGUUACACCUCAGGGAAGCAAUUUGUAGCACACCACACCGUCACUGUUCCACCAGAUGCAUAACAUUAACUUUUGUGGAUACAGGUCUUCGAAUGGAGAGUUGCUCCUUUGUUUGAACUCAACCAUUCCUUUCUUUUCCUUAUGUUAGCAAAAGGACACCAUUUUCUCAUCACCAGUAAUGAUACAGGAUAGGAAUGGUCAGUACUGCACAUGAGGCAGCUGAUGAUGAGCAAACAGAGAUACACAAAUGACCAGCUGCUGAUUUUUGUGAUUUUGGCUUAGAGCAUGUGGUACCCAUACACCCAAUUUUUGAACCUUCUCUUUUGCAUGGAAACGUCACACAAUAGUGGAAUGCCCAGUUCGUCACAUUUGAUGUUUAUCGAGUACACUGACAUGGAUCAUUGCGGAUUAAUGCAUUUAUUAAUGAUUGUGAACAAACCCUGAAGCUCUUCCUGAACAUGGAGAGUCAGUAACGUCAAAAUGGUCCUCCUCAAAAGAGAAAAACAGUUUCUUGCCAUGCUCCAUCCAGUGGCAUUAUCCCUAUACACAGUGCAAAUGUUUCUAGCUGUUCCACUGCUGUCAACCCUCUGUUGAACUCAAACAGAAGAAUAUGUCUGAAAUAUUCAGAUUUCUCCACUUGGUACUCCAUAUUCUAGCAUCCACAGCUUCACUCACUGUCUCCAAAUGACAAUAUGUUAACUCAAAUGUCAACAGUUAACCACAAAUAAAAAAUGACAACCUAUAAAUAAACCCAUAGCAACCGGAAUACCAACAGCCAAAACAAAAACACUACGAACUUAUGAACCAACCUGCAAGUUUCUGAAAUGGAACUCAUGUAAAAGUGAAAUUUUAGUGUCUAAGAUGGUCAAAGUGUCUGUAAAGUCAACCAUUUUAAAUUCUUAGAGGUUAGAUGGAUAGCUUUCUUGAGAAUAUCAUGUUCAAGAUGAUGUGGAGAAGCCGAUUGCUGGUAUCUUCCCUAUAAGAAUAAUCUACACUGUGCCUGGCACUGAAACGUGAAGGCUUGCUCACUUUGCUUGCUUUCACACUGUUCCCUUGUAUGGUGUUGUAUUGUGUGGCAGAUCUGUGCACUUAGCUCAGUGAUCAGCAGUGUUAAUUCACAUACUUUGUGAAAGCCAUUGUCCAGGUAACUCAGAAUUCUAAGUCUGCUAUCUCUGAACAUAUAUUUUCAUCAAGGGACUUAUUGUCAUCAGCACUGACUCAUUCAGAAGAAACUACAACAUUGAUGUAGUGAACACUAAACAGUAAAAGAAUACACAUACAAACAGCAUUCCUUAAGCAUUGUGUAGAAAGGUGUGCACUGUUCGACAGGUUUUAUUUGCAGUAGGCUUCCAGAGGAAACAAAAACAUUGAAAGGUAAACCCUAAAUCUAAGUUGAAAAGUUUGCUUGUGGCACACUCCUAUUCUUCACACUGAUUCAUUCCAUGACCAAAUAGCUUUGGCUCAUGUGAUCUCACGGAACCUGAUAAAUAAAAAUAAAUAAAGAAAAUUCCCCUGAACGCAGUUUAAAAUCAAUGUGGCUCAAGAAUUUAACACUGUCCCAGGGAUGCCCUAAGUAUGAAGAACUAAAUGAGAAAUGCAUUGUAUGUUUGAAAGUAACGUGAGAAGCAUUGCGGAAGACGUAGAAAUUGUUUAGAUGUUUUGUGAGAGUAUAAUCCUAACUGAUGUGCAGUUAUUUUCUGACACAUAUGCAGAAACUUGUUACAUGUUGUGAGAGUUGUGUGUUUAAAUUAUUUUCGAAAUGAGAUAAUUGUCAAUGCAACAUGAUCUCCCAUGUAACUGCUAUAUACUUCCUCCCUCUGAAUGUAAUAGGAUACAAGCCUUUAGGUAACAAUAAUUAAUUACUGAACAAAAUAGUGCUGAAAGACGUAUUCUGAGGUGCACUGCCAGAUAAAGAAUUCGCAGAGGUGCCUCACAUGCAGGAAGCAUUUACCCAUACCAUGGUUCAUGCGGAGUCAAGAAUGCUUACUAAAUGAGAACAUACUUUACUAUUUGAUGCUAUCCAUACUGUACUUCAACAAUAUUAGCCCAAAUGUUGGUCAUGUCUGUUACAUCUACGUCUGCAACUACAUACAUAUUCCACAAGCCACCGUAUGGUGCUUCACGGAGGAUAUCUCGUAUCACUACUGGUCGUUUCCUUUCCUGUUGCACUCGCAAAUAGAGCAAGGCAAAAAUGUCUCUGUCUAUAUGCCUCCAUACAAGCCGUAAUUUCUGUUACCUUUGUGGUCCUUAAGUGAAAUGUACAAUGGUGACAGUAGAAUCGUACUGUGGUCAACUUCAAAUACCAUUUCUCUAAAUUUUCUCAGCACUGUUUCACGAGAAGAAUGUCAUUCUAUCUCUAUGGAUUCUCAUUUGUGUUCAUGAAGUGUACUCAUGUGUUGAGUGAACCUACCAGUAACGAAUGUAGCAGCCUGCCUUUGAAUUACUUUGAUGUCUUUCUUUAAUUCAACCUGGUGGGGGAUCCCAAACACCCGAACAAUACUCAAGAAUGGGUCACAGUAGUCUUCUACAUCAGUCUCCUUUAUAGAUGAACCACACUUCCCUGAGCAUUCACCUUCCCUAAUACAAUCCUUCCAUGCAGUUUCCACUUCAUAUCACUUUGCAACAUUACACCAAGAUAUUUAAUUGAUGUUACUGUGUCAAGCAGUAAACUACUAAUGCUGUAUUUGACAAUGCGAGAUUCCCCCCCCCUCCCCCCCCCCUACACAUCAAUGUUAACUCUCUCUCUCUCUCUCUCUCUCUCUCUCUCUUUCUCUCUCUCUCUCUCUCUCUCUCUCUCUCUCUCUUUGCAAGAUUCCAUUCAACACACCAACCACAGAAAUUCUGUCUGAGUCACCUUGUAUCCUCCUACAAUUGCUCAACAAUGGUACCUUCUCAUGCAUCACAGCGACAUCAGCAAGUUGCCACAGAUGGCUGCUUACCCUACCCUUCAAAUCAGUUAUGCAUAUAGAGAACAAGAUCAGUCCUAUUGCACUUCCCUGUGGCACUCCAGACAGUGCCCUCGUCUCUGACGAACUCUCACCCUCGAGGACAACAUACUGGUUUCUAUUACUGAAGAAGUUUGCAAGCCACUCACAUAUCUGGCAGCCUUUUGUGUAUGCUCAUAUCUUCAUUAAGAGUCUGUAGUUGAGAACCAUAUCAAACGCUUUCUGGAAAUCUAGGGGAUAUGAAAUGUGCAUGUUAUGCUUCAUCCCUGGCACUAUAUUGUGCGAGAAAAGGGGAAGCUGAGUUCCACCCGAGUGAUGCUUUCUAAGUCUGUGUGCUGAUUUAUGGACAGAAGCUUUAUCUUAAGGAAAUUUACUGUAGCAGUGAGUGACAGACUGCUCCAGCUGGUGGUGAGUGGUGACCUUACUGAUCCAGGCGUGUCUGAGCUCUGCAGUGUAGCAAGGUUAGGUUGGUGGCCCAUGGUGGCUGACAGAAAGUGCACAGACACCUGCUGACCCCAGGAUCCCUGGAGACUGGCUGGAGUGUCAGGCGAUGGUACCCACUAUGUAAGAUGGAUCUACAAGGAUUAGAAUAUGUCCAGCUAAUGCAGACAAAUGUGCUACUGUGCAUUUUAUUGUGUACUUUUUUUAUGAUAGAACACUCAUCUGUGAGCAUUAUGUAUAUGAACAUGGCCAUGUACACAAGGUAAUUUUUCAUUUUAAAUGUUUUAUUUAUAACAAACCUUUUGUGCUAUAUUUUAUCUACAUGACAUCUUGGCAUGAGGUCCUACUCAAAAUGAACACAUUUCAUAACAAAAAAUUUUGAACACCUGAAGAUGUCAGCAGAGCCUGUCAAAGCUGGUAAAUAAAGAACUGUUUAUGUGCUCUUGGCUUUAUCAAGUUUCUACCACAGAUGAGGAAGCUUGCACAGUAUAGACUGGAGUGAAGAUCAGCAUCAAAUCACUUUUCAGACUGAAUAACAGUAGUGUUACAGAACAUCAGAGGGAGGAAUAAAGCAGCUCCUAACUUCUUAAACUGAAGCACAUGAGAAGGGCAGAUAUUUUCUCUGCUGUUCAUUCUUACAAUUUAAAAAAUUUAAAGAAAGUAACUUUACAUGAGUGUAAUUGAUGAUUGAGUCAGUUAAACUGUACAGUUAAACUAGUGAUUAGUUCAUCAUCUGCUCAGUUCAGAGCAAUCUUUUACUUUGUUAGCUAUUUCUGGAGUUUAUUAGGGCAGUAACUGGUGUGAGUAGGUGUUGGCAGAUUUUCUUGUAAUAAAACCAUUUGGCCCAAUGUCACUUUUAAGUAAUUGCAGGCCUUUGGCUACUAAGUCUGUGUUUACAUAUACCUACCCUAUCCUUACUGCAGGAAAUGCUUAGCCGUACCCUGUGCUCAUUUUGUUACUGCCUGUUGAGUACAGUACAGCUACAUACAUACUCUGCUCGCCACCACAUGCCGCAUUUCAGAGUCUACCUUGUACUAACUGCAAGUCAUUCCUUGUCUUGUUACAUUCACAAAUGGAGUACUAGAAAAAUGAACAUCUAUAUGCCUACCGCGUGAUUCAUUAGAACAGUACAGUAAAUGAGUGCCGCAAUGGAAAUGCUACAUGAUGCUCCACAAACACUUCUUAGGUUGGCCCUGUACAGGGCCCUGGCAUCUUAAGACCACUGUUAACAACAUCCGACUAAGAUGACUAUCUCAUUUGUCAAAAUAUUGCAUAUGAAAAUGGAAUUGCCAGCAUGGUUAAACACCCAGAAACAUGUCUUCUAUAAAGUGUGUCAGGAAUGAAGCUGUCUGUCAGAUUAAAACUGUGUGUCAACUGGGACUCGAACCCAGAACUUUGCCUUUCACAGGCAGUGCAUGUACCCACUGAGCUACCCAGGCACAACUGGUGAUUCUCCCUCACAACUUCACUUUUGCAUGUACCUCUCUCAUACAUUCCGGAGAACUGCCCACAAAAAGUAAUGUUCCAAGUUUGAGUCCUGGUCCGCCACACGGUUUUAAACUACAAAAAAGUUUCAUAAUGGCACACAUUUCUUGUAGAGUGAAAGAUUUGUUUUGUGUCAUAAAUCUUUCAGAACUCAACUGUACUGAAAUGAAAGUUACAGAUGUUGAUUACUGCAUAACAUUGGGCAUUCCACUUAAUCAUCCAUGCAGAAGACAUAACAUAGCUUCCCUCUCAUUCCCUUGCCGCCCCCUCCCCAAUGUAACUAGUGCUCAAAGUCAAAUUCAAAAUGAAUGAUGUUUGAGUAGGGAUGAUGCUCUUUUAAAAUAAAAUUUAAAGGAACUUUCGUGAAGGAAGUCAUUUUCCUGCAUUGACUGUUUUUAUUUUUGAAAUAAUCACUUGAUGUUUUUAUUAUUUAGCUGUUAGUUAAUUUUGUCCCCGUGGGCUUUUCAAGCUUCCUCUGUUACUUCUAUCACAGUAAAAAAAAUGUAAUCAUAUACCUUCUUAUAUUCCACACAUCUGUAUGAAGAAAGGAACAUCUGGUGGUGUCCUUAAUAACAGUUAUUAUGAUCAUGAUAGGUACAGGCACAACUAUCUCAGAUGCCAUCUCAGUAUACAAAAAUAAAAGUGUAAUCCUUACACAAGUUUUGUUACUGCCAGUGUAUGACACAUUAAAAUAUGAUAACUUCGCAUUCCAAUCGCAUUUUUCUCUUUUUGCAUAUGGAAUUCAGUUAUGCCCAUAACUACCAUGACCUUCAGAUGUUGCUUUGUCCACGCAGAUCUAUAUAAUGCAAGAUGGUAUAUGAUAACAAUUUUUUACUGUGAUACAAGUAACAGAGGAAGCUUGAAAAUGUUCAAGCUAAAUCAUGAAAUGAAGUGAUUAUUUCAAAAAUAAAAACAACCUAAGAUGAAAAGCGAGUGCCCUCAAGAAAUUCUCAGUGACUGUAGAUCCAUGUAUACAGUAGAGUAAAAGUGGCAGAAACGUUAAAAUAUCAAGCUACUUGCAGUUUAUGUCUCUCACCAAAAACACAUUUUGAAGUACCCAUAAGAAUAGUGAAGUACCCUGUGGCAGUUGAGCUCAUCAAGAGUAAAUGAACAAUGGUGACAGUUAUUGUGGUCAGAUAAGCACGCUGCAAAUUCAUUGCAAUUGUUCGCUUCAUUAAUUACUCUUACCUAAUCUGUAUUUAGAAAUGUUAAAAGGCAAGUAUGUAGAGGCAGUCAUGCAUUGUUCAUUAUCCCCAUUUGUUCACUUUGAACACUGCAUUACAAGCUUUAUGUUUUUAUUUCAUUUGAUAUAAAGAAUCUAACUUUUUUCCUUUAUUUAUAGCUGAAAAUUUGCAAGUAAAAAGUACUGAUAUUUAUGUGGUGUAAUCGCAUGCGGUGGAACAUUAAGACUAGGCUAAGUAGAAAUGAGUAUCUAUGUAGUGGUCAAAGGAAUUGGGCAUGCAAUAUAGUACAUAGUGUGGAUACAUAAAAUGACUCUCAAAUUAAUUAAGCUCAUUACAUGCAUAGUAAUAGUGACUGAGAAAGAAUAAUGCUAAAAAAGAUGAGAUUUAAGAUCAUACAGCUUCCUAUCUGAAGUAUAUUGCUCAGUUUUGAAAACUGCAAUUUUUGUUUUGACCUCUAUUGAUAGUGCAGUUUUGUGUAUCAGUUGAUAAUAUUGAAGUCUUAAAGAGUCCUGUAUGUAUUAGGGAGAAUAAAAUCAUGUAGUGCUAACUCCAUGCUAAAUAAGCAAUAAUAAUAAAAUUCAGUAAAAUACUGGUAUGUCACAGUAAAAUACUGGUAUGUCACGUGCUGUUUCUGGCAACAGAAAAAUUAUUAGAUCUGAACAAAAAUUGAUACUGCAAAAUGUUGAUAGUUAUACAAUCUCUCAAAUAUUUGUUGUUAUGUACCAUUCAAUGUACAAAUAUUUGAAGUAUAUAUAUGAUAAAUUUUGUCUGCUACUGUUGUCUUAGAGUAUAAUUUUAAGUCAUUGUGUUCUAAACAGUUGUGCAAUUUUAUUAGCUUAUUUGUUUUUCUGUCAUAGCAGUCAUUACUGCAUUGUUUGACUCAUCUAUACAGCAUUUAAGUAGCAUUAUUAUUUUCUUUGGCUUAUGUUGUGGAACAAGUGUUCCUUGGUGGUGUCACUUAUUCAGUUUGUCAGAAAUAACUGUUUUUGUUUGGGUGACUAUGAGUACUUGUAAAGCAAAGCGUUUCAUUUGUUACUGAUGGCAAUGAGGGGGGGAAAGAAAAGUAUGAAGUUCUGUACUGCCACAUAGCAUGCUGCACAUGGCUGGACAUUUCUGUACCAAGUGAGGUGGCACAGUGGUUACCACACUGGAUUCACAUUCAGGAGGAUGACAAUCCAAAUCCACAUCUGACAGUCCUGAUUUAGGUUUGCUGUGAUUUCCCUAAGUCGCUCCACGCAAAUAGCAGGAUGGUUCCUUUGAAAGGGCUCAGCAGAUUUCCUUUCUCAUCCUUGAAAUAAUCUGAGCUUUCCUCUGUGUCUGAUGAGCUCGAUUUUGUUACACUCUAAUCUUCCUUCCUUCCUUUCCAUGUUUCUUUAGGAUAAAUACUUUUUACAUAUGAGUCAUAAAAGGUCAUUGGUUUCAGUUACUUUAGUCAUUGGGCCAGUGUCAGAUAGCAUAUGAGGAAGGCGAAAAGUCAUGUCACCAAAAUAUUGAUCAAGAAAGGUGAUAAUAUCUGACACCCAACAACUCAAGAAUAUCAGAAAACCACCAGAAAAUCAUGAAGAACUACAUAUGUUUAUACUUGCUGCAGACAGCUUUGUACAUUGUCCUCUAUUUAUCCAGUCACUUGCAUGACAUGGUGGGACAGUGAGUAAUAAGUCACACUUCCUAGAUUUACCAGAGAUCAUCAUCAUAAAUGUUGAAGUAAUCAUUGUGGAAUUUUUUUCUCAUUCAGAAUCUUGUCUGUUUCUUUAUUUUGACAGUAUAUAUACAUGCAAUUCGUCUAGCACAUAAAGAUACCACUCUUUGUUGGCUCUAUGCAAAAAUCCAUAUUACAUUCUUAUGACUGUGAUUCUGUGUGUGUGUAUUGACAAACGUCUGUCUAGUUCAGUUUUAUUUUUUGUUUAAAUAGAUUCAUUAAAGCAAGUUUUAAAUGUUUGACCUGUCUGUCCAUUGUAUUGUAUAUUGUCAUCACAAAUAAUCUUUUGAUAAUGGAGUGUAGGAACAUUUACUUUUUUUGCCCCUAGCUUUCUUAAAUUCAAGUAUGCUAUUGCUUGAGAAGGAAAAAAAUGAUGUAAUACUUUCACCACUAACUAUUUUAUCAUUUGUUAUGAUGAAUAUUCUACCUUUUAUAUCACAAUUGGAAAGUUAUGAGGGACAUUCAAUAACUGAAGAGACAGACUGAUGCAGAAAACUAUUUUUACAAAAUUAGACUUCUCAACAUAAUCCCCACUAAUAUUAAUAUUCUUGUCCCAGUGAUGAACCCGAUUUUUUUUUUUUUUUUACCUGCUCGCAAGGAGAAUUUUUCUUGUGGUCUGAGCCACUUUUCCCACAAAAUGUUUUAUCCCCAUAUUGUUGUUGAACUUUUUUCUGCGUAAUACACCCUCAAGUGAUCCAGAGAAAUGGAAAUCUGAAGGAGUCAAAUAUGGACCACAUUUUUUAUGGUUUUUUGGUCAACUGGGCAGUGUGAGGGCGAGCAAUGUCACGUAGCAAGUUCAUGUCUUUUCUUUAUGAGAUCGAUGGCAUUUUUCUCUCAAUGCUGGCUUUACUUUGUUCAUCAGCAUGUCUUAGUAGUGGGCACUUUUUAUUGUAUGCUCAUCUUCGAAAUAAUCACAGAAGAUGACACUUUGGGGGCAUCCCAAAUGAUGGUCAACAUAACUUUUUCCACUGGUUCUUGCAUCCUAUAUUUCUUUCAGGCAGGUGAGCUGGUGUGUUUUCCUUCCAUGCUUUACAUUUGGACUCUUGUUCAAAAUGGGUAAGCCAAGCUUAAUAGCACAUUACAAUCUUGUUUCGAAAGGGUCCCCUUCACCUGCAUAGUGUUCUGUCAAGUCUACACAUUUUGAAUCUUGCUUCCAUUGCAUUAACUCUUUCGGGAUCCACCAUGCAUAUUUAUUUUGUUGUACUUGGGCUUGUUACCGAUAAUGUUGUGAACUGUGGUACCACUUACUGCAACUGUUUCUGCUAUAUGUUCAGCUUCAUUAAUAAUGUCAUCAGUGCAGGUUUCAUGUGAAGUAGUUGACACUUCAAAUGACUGAUAAAGAGUUUGCUCUUCAAUCAUGGAGGUUGGACCGUUUUUGAACUGUCCUACUGGCUUAUAAAAAUUUCUGUGGUUCAUACAACUUUCACAAUACUGUAAAAUCAUUCAGGAAAAGAUUUUAGCUGGUUUUUCACCUUCUGAAAGCAGAAAAUGGAUCACAGGACAUUGUUCAACUGAUGUUGAAAUUUCGACUGGACACACCAUCAUUAUAUGCCAGAUUGAGGCUAUAAACAAAAUAAUUUUUAUCCAUCAGCUGUUCUCAGAGCUCAUCCCAGUAAAUCCAGCCUAAAGUUAUGAAAGUACAAAACUGUUACAAAUUGUUUUUCUUCUUCAGCAAUUUGUCUCUUUAAUUACUGAAUGUCCAUUGUAUAGUUUGGUUGGGAUGUAAGCUUAUCCAGUGCUCUUCUCUCUUCCUAAGCAGCUGAGGCAAAUGUUGGGAUGACCACUUCAAAAAGGAUGCAGUCAAUUUCCUGCUCCAUCCUUCCUGUAUCCAAGUUUGUGUUUUGUCUCAAAUGACCUCUUUGUCGACAAAAUAUUAGAGCCUGAUGUGCCUCUGCUGCUUUUCAACUGGGAUGAGCAUCUUGAAAUGUUAUUUUAUGUUGCUGGCACAGGUUGUCAGCUGACUCUGAUAUACUGUGCUGCUAUGUAGCCUCAUACAAUUGUAACAUCAAUAUCACACUAUUUAUACUUUUCAUUCUGGUUCUUUUAGGAGAAAAGAUUGCUUUGUAAGUAUCCAGGGAACGUGGCAAUCGAUAUAGUGAUGAAGGAUAACUGUUUUUAAUUUUUUGUUUAUGCUGUUGCUGAAGUGCCAAUAGCAAUGUAUUUUACAUGAAGUGUCUGAGAUAUUGCUUGACUUCAUAACUUUAUUAAAUUAUUUUUUUGUAGUGCACGGUAGAUUUAUCAUCAGGAUAUCACUCCUCUUUUCCCUUUUGUUAAAAUUUGUAAUAUUCAAAAUCUUGUUAGUGUUCUAGAUGGCAGAUAUUUCCACAUAUUCUGAAGACUAGCCCUUUGGUUUAUACACCUAGUAACGCAGUAAUAAUAUUGUUAUUUAAUUUUUUCUUUGUAUACUUCUCCAAGAGUACUGGAAAAUAUGACAGAUAAGUUCUUCAGGCACCAUAGUUUAUUUUUUCACUGCUCCAAUAAAAUAUUUAUUUUUAUUUUUGGUUAGUUUAAAUUCACGGUUACAACUGUGUUACAUUUGUCAUCAACAUUAUAUGGACUCUGGUAAGAGACAGAAACGGCAACUAACCAGUACAACAUGUUUAUUGCAAGUCAUUCACAGUAUCUUUUCUAUAACCAGUACAACAUGUUUAUUGCAAGUUAUUCAUAGUAUUCAUUUUUAUGUUUUACUGUUACACAAUGAUUAGAUAAAGAUCACAGGGAAUGAGAACAAAAUGACAGUAUAGAAUGAAAUUUUCACUCUACAGCGGAGUGUGCGCUGAUAUGAAACCGAGUUUAAGUCCGGCACACAGUUUUAAUCUGCCAGGAAGUUUCAAAAUGACAGUAUCUUUUCAUCAUCAUUGGACAUUGCCUAAAUGUGGUUGGUUCUUUGAUGGAUAUGGCAACUGUCUACUCUCAAAUGAGCAGACAAAGCCAUUUUGCUUCAAUCCCCACUCUUUCAACAUGAAACAUUUUAUAGUUAUUUCCAAAUUAUAGUAGCCAAAUUUCAUUUAAUGUGUUUUACAAAUAAAUGUUUUACCUUACAUCACAUAGGCAGCAAAGACAGCAGCAGUGUGACUGAAAAUAUUGCCACAUUACAACCUUUUGUUUUGAAGCUGUUUUCUUAACUGUACAAUCUAUCUUAUGGUUGAGUUAUUGGUCCUUUCUUUCUGUCUAGUGAGAGGGAGGAUUGUGGCAUAUUUGUUUGCUGUUCCUCUCUGUAGGCAUUUGAUAUUUUCUCUGUCUUUGUUUUUAUUUUCAUUGAUGAGGAGGAUCUAAAAAUAUGCAGAUUUUCUUUAUAAAAAAAACACAUUUUUUCCCAAACACAACUUUAAUUUCAUUCAAAAUACUCUCCAUUAGCACUAAUGCACUUGUCCAAUUGUUCGUUCCAAUGUUGGAAGCAUUUGUUAAAUUUAUCCUCUCUGAUACCUGCUAACAUUGUCACGACUGUAUUUUACAUUGUCAACAUCGGCAAAAUGCUUUCCCUCUAAGUUCCUUCUCAUCUUCGGGAAGAGGAAGAAGCUGCAGGAGCUAAAUCUAGUAAACAGGGUGUGUCGGACAUGGAACUGUUGUUGUUGAGGACGAAGACAGGCAGGCACUAAGGGUAUGUGUAUGUUAUCACCUCGUUGUUGUCGCACCAAAUCGUGCUACUUGCCAGGAGCCUUGUUACAUUUAUGAUGCUCAGCCUCACUGCUCUAUGAGAGUAACUACCCUUCAGCUGUUCACAUAACAAGCAGAUUCAAACAUGGGGCUGCUGGAGAGACCUUGAAGCAGCCAGUCACAGCUCAAGUUUCAGGGCAUGUGGCGAUAUGCACAAACCUUCUCGAUCUCAUCACCUAGCAAGGGAUGCUGCAGUCAGCAGGGCAAGUAGCAAUGGAACAGGUUAAAUAGGCCAGUAAGACUCUCUUUGCCAUGCCAGUGAAAAGUGAGGUGGCAGCAUAAACACACCCAGAGAGCCAUGUGUACAGUAGUGUUGUUAUGAUGCAGGAACCACUAGGAAUUUCACAAAAUCAUACAUUUUCAACUAAAUUUGUGUGCAAACUUUUCAUAAUCUGUAAAUAGAAUUGUCAGUUCACUGUCUGCUUUUGAGGGAUGAAUUCUGUGUGUACAGUUCUUUUGAUGCACACACGCACAAUAAAAACACCACACACAUUGUCUUCAGAUUUGAUUUCACCUGACUAACUUUUUUUAGACGAGGUGAGCCAGGUCACUUCCAUUAACUUGACUGUUGUUCACUUUCUGGAUCAUACCUAUUGCACCGUCUCUCAUCGCUUAUGGUGAUUUUGUUGAAAAACUUGGAUCUUCUUUGAAUACGUCCUUCAUUGUAUGAAAGACUUCAGCACUUUGGUCCCUUUGAUUGCUGGUGAGAACUUUGGACACAGUUUUCUGCUGCCAUUGUUCACAUUACCAAAUCGAUGUUCAAAAUGUGCUGAAUUGUGCUCCAGUCUUAUAGUUCGCCAAUCUUCCUGUGUCAGUCUUCACUGAUGAGAUUACAGAUUUUGCCAAUGUGUUCGUUGGUUCAAGCACUUUAUCAAAAUUGAGCUGAUUUUCAAUGGCCAUUUCCCCAAUUUUAAGGCAAAAAAGCAAUUCGUACACUCGAGUUCCACUAAGAGCAUGUUCUUUGUAUGCUGUUUGCAUCCUCACAGCAUUUUCUGCUGCAUUAUUGUUGAGUAUGAAACAAAACUUCACAGCUGCAUAUUUCUUCAUGUCAUGAUUCACUACAGAUGGCACACAGAAAAAUGCUCCAGGGAUCACACUUGUCAUUUUCGAGUGACAUUGCUCACCAGAAUGACUCUGGAGAGGUUCUACAGCAGUCUCCCAUGGUGCAGCCUAGAUCAUUAUGAUUCCAACUGCUUUUGGAUCCCCCUCUCACAUAUGUGACUAUACUGGGUCAUUCUGUGUUGUGGCAUGGAGCAUGUGUUAGGUAAUGGCGUAUAAUGGAUCAAUGAUUUUUGAAACAUUAUUUUUUUCAUUGCAACUCAUGUGUCUGUAGUAGAGGGUCUCAAGUGAGCAGAAUGGGAAUACCUGUGGUUUCUCUUAACAUGUAGAAAGUUGUUCCUGAGUAGACACUUGGCCAAGUAUUAACUGGAAGUCACAUCCAUAUCCUUACUUUUUAAAGUCUCAAUGCACUUAGCGUACUGGGCUACCCUUACAUUCUGCAUGAUACAGAUCCAGGUUUGAGUCCUCAUCCAGUAGACAGAUUUUUUAGACAAAGUGAGCCACGUUACUUCCAUUGUCUUGACUGUUGUUUACUCUGUCAAGAAGUAUCAUACAGGUGUACAUUCUUCUGUAGAAAGAAAGAACCAUUUAGUUAAAAACAGCUGUGACUGUGUUGUAUUCAGUCACACAGCUUAUUGUGUUGGGAGGGUUGUGUCUGUAAUUGUUUACUCUGUUCAGUCACUUCACUAAUGGAUGUGGUAAUGUUUUCAUAACUGGUACUGAUCUAGUGGACUGCUGCAAAUGUGAGUGGAAUGGAGCAGUGGUUAUUAAUGCACUGGACUUAUACUCAAGAAGUGCAGGGUUCAAAUCUCAAUUUGACCAUCCAGAUUUAGGUUUUCCAUCUUCUUCUUCUUCAGUAGCACUACAGCCCUUGGUGAGCCUUGGCUUCUUCAACAAUCUUCCUCCACGCUUCUUGGUUAUUUGCUGCUCUUUUCCACCUCCGAACUCCCAUACUGGUGAUAUUCAUUAUUACCUCGUCGAUCCAUCUCCUUGUAGAUCUCCCUUUUUGCAUAGCUGAAUGAAUCACACAUUUCAUCAUUUCCUUUCGAAUUCCAUCCCCUGACAUUCUCUCCAAGUGUCCUAGCUAUCGUAUUCGCUGUGAUUUCACAAAUUUUACUAUGUCCCUGCCUUGUAUUAACUCUUAUAAUUCGGCAUUGUAUCGUAUUCUCCAGCCUUGUCCUCCCUUAUUGGCCCAUCGAUUUUGCAUAAUAUUUUCCGCUCAGUGGUUCUUAGUACAUUUUUAUCGUGUUCUGUCAACGUCCAUACCUCUGACCGAAAUGUGAUAACUGGGUGGACUAGGGAAUUGUAUAUUAGCCAUUUUGCUUUUCUUGUAACAAGGCUGUUUUUGAAAAGUUUUCCAUGGUUUCCCCGAACUGUUGAAGACAAAUACUGGGAUGUUUUCUUUGAAAAUGACAGAGCCAGUUCCUUCCUCACCCUUGUCCCAUCCAAGCUCGUGCUUUGUAUAUAACAAUCUCGUCUUGAACAGGAUAUUAAACCCAAUUUUCCUUCUGUUAUAAAUAUGUUUCUGUUUUCUCUCUGAAAGAGUUUGACUAGUAGCUGUGACAUGGAAUUUAUGACAGGCAGUUUCUUAAAAACCUGUCGUGGAAAUGUUAAUAAUUUUUAUUACUAACUUUUGCAGUUGAAGUAUCUUAUGAGCUUUUGCAUAUUAUUGAUGCUUAAAUCUGAGAGAGUGUGUUACGUAAGUAUUAUGAAAAUAAUGCUUUAUAGUUCUCUGUAUUCUUUCUAGAGAUUUUAAAGACUGAAUUUUGUAUGAAUGCAUUUAUCAAAAAAAUAUCCUCUCUUUUCCACUGCUCUCAACAGUUUCUGCAAUAUGACUGUAUAUCAAAUCAUGCAGGAAAAAUGUUCUUUAAAUUCACAACUAUUCUGAAUCUAUUCGCAUUAGGCUUUCAUUGUGCAAUUUUUGUGAUUAUAUGUUGUUGUAAAAUUAAAAAUUAACAAUGUAUUGUUUGUUUACUAAUAACUGUUCUUAUAUAGAAAAUGAGAUAUAAAUAAUUGUUUUAAAUGAACUGUGCCACAUGCUCUCAUAUGUUAUAAAACAUAAAAGUUUGAAAACAUGUUAAAAUACUUGUUUCCAUGUAAAAUGAAUGCUGUCAAAAGGCACUGGCACAGCCUAUGAUCUUGGCACGUUUAAAUAUUUAAUAAGUAUUAAAAUAUUUUAUUGUAAAUUGUUUUUUAUUCUUGUUUUGUUUUGUCAUUUCAGAUUUAAUGUUCUCUCUGAGAUGGCAUUUUAGAAUGUUGCAAUAAAUACUGAAGUACAAAUUCUUUUAAAUGUGAUGGCUUUAUUAUGUAGUUGUUUCAUGCCUGCCAUAACUAUAAUACUGCUGUCGUUUGUUUACUAAUAACUGUUCUUAUAUACAAAAUGAGAUAUAAAUAAUUGUUUUAAAUGAAUUGUGCCACAUGCCUUCAUACAUUGUAGGUCAUAAAAGUUGAAAACAUGUUAAAAUACUUGUUUCUGUGUA